GUGACUUGAAUUCAGACACAAACGCUGAUAAAUCUGAAUUAACUACUGAUGAACAUCCCGGCGCUUUACAGACACAUAAUAAAAGUAUGUCCGACGCGGAGAUGAUAUCCCAAUGCGUGCUGUUUUUUAUGGCCGGGUAUGAGACCACAGCCACAACCAUAUCAUACGCCACAUAUUUAUUAGCAGAAAACCCGGAAUCACAGGAAAGACUGUUUGAAGAAUCAAAAAAUAUUUUUAAUACAAAAUCGGACAUCGAUUACGACGGUAUCGAAAGGCUUGAGUACCUGAACGGUGUAGUGAUGGAGACCUUGCGUCUAUAUCCUCCAGCGGUGGCAGUGGAAAGGGAGGCCUCCGAAGACAUAGUACUGACCAGUGGUGAGGACCGCAUCAAUGUAUUCAAAGGAGACCUCUUUCAAGUGCCCAUUACUGUCCUACAUAUGGAUAGACAGCAUUUCGAUGAUCCCUAUGCCUUCAAACCGCAGCGGUUUAUGGCAUCAAAUAUAGCACACCAUCCCUACGCGCACCUA